AUGAAAUUAUUUUCAGAUAAAUUAAAUCUUUAUUCAAUUUAUAUAACAAUUGAAGAACGAAAUUCAACAUUUAGUUUUGAAAUAUUUAAUCCAAAUAUUAAUUUACCAAUUCAAGUAAAAGCUCAAACACAAACAAAUCUUGAAAAUUUAAUUAUGAAAAAUAUUAUACCACAAGUUAUUGAAUUUAGUGAAUUAUUAACAUAUUUUAAUUUAAACGAAUAUGAUGGUUUAGCUAAUGUUACUAAUGCUGAACAAUUAAAAUUUUCUUUAGGGCGAACAAAAGCUGGUCAUAUUCUAUGGGAAAAUUUACCAAUUAGACGAAAAACAAAUAUCAUUAUGAGAGCAGCAGAAGUACAAUUAACUGUUGAAGAUCAAUUACCUGUACUUCUCUAUGAAUCUUAUCCUGUGAAAAUUAAAAUAAAAAAUUGUGAAAAUGUUGAUAUACAUCCAGCAACUUUGACUUGUACUUGUUCAACUUCAGAUGAUAACUCUCAAACAUCGGAUGAUAUUUUUCUUUUCAGAUUAAAAAGAAAAAUAUAUAUAUUGAAAUACAAAACUUUGAUUGCUGAUGUUAUUUAUGAUGAUGAUUUAACUGAUGCAUUAUUUAAUGUAUUUAUAAAAUUAUUCCAAGAUAAAUUAAAUCUUUAUUCAAUUUGUAUAACAAUUGAAAAACGAAGUAUUUUUUAUCUUGAUACAGUAUCUAUUCAAUGUCCAGCAUAUGAAUAUUUUGCUUGA